GGGAGGGGCGAGGCGCCGCUGCUGCUGCCGCGGAAGAUGGUGCAGCAGACGGCGGGCUCGGCCAGGCGGCGCGGUGGAGGAGGAGGAGGAGGAGGAGGAGGAGAGGGCGCCGACAGCGGCAUCAGCGACAUGAGCGCGGCGUCCAGCCCCAACCCAUGGGGCGGUGGCGGCGGCGGUGGCGGCGGGACCCCGGGUCGGGGCGAGGAUGAGGGGGCGACGGGCGGCUGCCAGCCCGACUGGUGUAAGACCCCGACGGGACACAUCAAGCGGCCGAUGAACGCCUUCAUGGUUUGGUCCCAGAUCGAGAGGAAGAAGAUUAUGGAGCAAGUGCCCGACAUGCACAACGCUGAGAUCUCCAAGCGUCUGGGCAAGAAGUGGAAGCUGCUGAAGGAGGCGGAGAAGAGCCCAUUCAUCAGAGAGGCCGAGCGGCUUCGCCUCAAACACAUGGCGGACUAUCCCGACUACAAGUACCGGCCGAGGAAGAAGGUCCGUGGGGAUCCCGCGCCCCCCGCCGCCGCUCCCGCCGCCGCCGAGCCCCGGUCGCACAAGAAGCCGCCGGGCAAGAAACACAACCGGGCACACAAAGCCAAGCAGCUGCUGGAGCGCUCCAAAGCCAAGCGGGCGGCCAAAGCGGGCCAGCACGGAGCGCUCGGGCCGAACGGCCGCCGCCCGCCUCCCGCCGAGCCCGAGUCUGAAGGGGAGGAGGUGGAGGACGCGGAGCCCGAGGCCGAGCUGCUACACUACUGUCUGGGGGGCAAGAAGCCGCCCAGCUCGGAGCCGCGACCCUCCGGCCGCCCCCUCUCCGCCCGCCCGCCCGAUGACUGUGACGGCCAGUUGCUGCUCUUCGACCUGAGCCUGAACGUGGCGGCGGGAGGCGGCGGCGGCGGGGCCGGCCCGGGGGGGCACCUCUCCCUGGACAAGGACAGCGACUCGCUGGCCGGCGGCAGCAGCCCCGUCUCGCACUUCGAGUUCCCCGACUAUGGCACUCCCGAGGUGCGCAAAAUGAUCUCGGGAGACUGGCUGGAAAUCGAGUCCAACAUUUCCUACUAGCUUCAAUCCCCUCCCCC